CGAGUGUUCGGGGUUAACACGAAAGAAAAUGUGUUCGACAAAUCCAGAAAGUUGGGUGACGUUUGAUGAUGAAAACCCAUUUCAACCUCCACAGAAAUCCAAUAUAUUUUGCCAAAAGAACAUCUAUUUACAGAAAUCAAAUGGGCUUAAAUUAAACCUGUCUAAUGAACAGCUGGCGAGUGCAUCUUCCUCUGUUUGUACGACUCCUCACAUGUCUCCGGUGAUAGAUAUCUUUAUGAGUCCCGGUCCUCCAAGUAACUCACCACUUUGUACACCCAUCAGGGACUGCCAGGGAACGCCGUGCACGCCAAAAGGGGGGACUUAUAGUCUAUAUCCAAUUUCAGAGGCAUCACAAAUCGAUACAAGUUUAGCAUCAGCUACACCAUUAUCCUUAAAUUAUCCUCUUCCACACCCUUCAAUUUCAAAUGAAUUAAAUCAUGGCAAAUACAAAAAAGGUUUGGAGCAUCCGUCUGAAACGACACAUUUUAAAUAUUUUCAAAAUGACUGUUCCUUUUCAAGUCCAUUUUGGAAUAAUGAUGUCACAUCCGUCCAUUCCCCAUCUCAUGCGCACAUCACAGAAGAUACAGAUAAAGAAGAGAAAAAUCUUACAAAACAAGAAUGUAAUACAAUAGAAAAGGUCACUUCAAGUAGCCAGAAAGGUUUAAAUCACAGCUCUUUCAGUUAUGUUUGUGAAAGACUUCAGCUCUUAAAGAUUGAUCCUCAAGAUCUGCCUGUCUGUUCAGAAAAAAACAGCCCAUCCUUUCUUCCCAAAAGUCUCUUUAGAAGCCAGAGAAGAGAUGGGUGGCCUUUUAUGCUGAGGAUACCUGAGAAAAAGAACAUGAUGUCUUCUAGGCAGUGGGGACCUAUUUACCUCAAAGUUCAAACAGGUGGAAUUCUGCAAAUGUAUUAUGAAAAGGGCCUUGAAAAACCAUUCAAAGAGUUUCAGCUUCAUCAAUUCUGCAGGCUUUCAGGUCCAAAACUGGAAAAUUUAGGUGUUUCAGAAAAGAUACACACUGUUAAAAUAGAACACGUAACUUAUGUGGAAAAAAGAAAAUACCACCCUAAGCCCGAAAUUGUCCAUGAGGCAGAAACUGAACAAAUGUUAAAAUUAGGAACUACCGUUUACGACGAUUUAACAGACUUCAUUACCACAGUAGAGGAGGAACUCAUGUUGUUGUCUCCGAUAUCAAAACAAAAGAAAACGUAUGAAGAACCUGAGAUGGUUGUGGAAAUAGUAGACAAUUUCUGGGGAGAAAUCAACAAAGAAGGAAAACUAAUAGAAAAUGCUGUUGUUUGCCAGGUAUUUUGUCUUUGUUUCAUUAACAGCGGAAUAGAAUGUUUUUUGACCUUGAAUGAUGCAGAGCUCCAAAAAAUAUCGAAAAACUACCUUGAAAAGGACAGUAGCAAAACAUGGAUUCAUAUUUAUAAUUGUCAUUUUCAUAAGUGUGUUAAAAGACAGGAAUUUCAGACAUCAAGGAUAAUUCAAUUUACUCCAGUUGAUGCUUGUAGGUUUGAACUCAUGCGUUUCAAGGUUCCUUACAAUGGAGGAGACCUUCCAUUUUAUAUGAAGACUUCAGUAGUAGUCCAAGGAGCCUAUAUAGAGCUCCAAGCUUUCCUCAACAUGUCUUCUAGUUUUGUAGCUUCUUCAUUGUUAAACUCAACAUAUGUCUGUGAAAAUAUUACUAUCCACUUCCCAGUUCCAACGCAAUGGAUGAAAGCUCUCUGGACUGUCUCUCUCCAGAGGCAGAGGUCUCUGAAAUCAAAAGUGAAUAGAAGAGCAUGCCUUGGGUCUGCAUAUGAAAUUGAGUCUGAACCAGUGAUACAAGUAACCAUUGGAACGGCAAAGUUUGAAAAUGCAUAUAAGGCUGUCGUUUGGAAGAUCGACCGACUUCCUGAUAAAAAUUCUAGUCAUAAUCAGCCUCAUAGUUUGUCUUGCAAACUGGAGCUUGGCUCAGACCAGGAGAUACCUCGAAACUGGAAUCCAGUUGCAACAGUGCACUUUGUAAUACCUGCUACAUGCGUCUCCGGGGCAGAAGUGAAAUCAAUGGGAAUUGAAAAUGAUAUUCAGCCUCAUAAACACGUCAUUCAGAAAGCUUGCUACAACAUCCAGGUGGAAAUUGAACCAAAAAUAAUUCAUACUGGAAAUGAAGACCUGGACAAGGCUGGAGACUGUAAAACUCAGUAGAAACAGUAAAGAUUUAUGUAAAUUAACGGGGCACACUAAUGCCCCAUACUGCUCCAUCUUUGACAUAUGUGUAAGUACUUUGCAAUCAGGGGAGGGCUGGCAGUGGCCCUUCUGCCUCUUA